AUGCCUACCAUUCUCCCAAGAUGGCCCCAUAUCCUCUUUGGCAUCGUUGAGCCCAUCUCUCUAGUCGCAGGUAGUCUCAGUCCCAUCUUUGACCUUGACGGAUUCAUCUAUGGCCAAACACCCCAUGUUCCGGCUCCAAUGCUCCAACAUCCAAGCAGUGUAGCGCUCGCCUAUCAACUUGGCAACCUUUACAACCUUCUCUUCCUCGUUGGCGUCGGUGUUCUACACGCAACUACCGAGCCCAAGGUGCUGCGCAAUUAUCUGAUUGCUCUGGCAAUCGCCGAUGUCGGCCAUGUUUACGCCACUUACAUCGCUAUGGGGUGGGAAGCGUUUGUGGAUGUUGGUGCUUGGAAUGCGCUGACGUGGGGAAAUAUUGGAGCCACCGCAUUUCUGUUUGUGAAUCGCGUGUUGUAUUUUCUAGGCGUAUUUGGAAAAGCCCAGGCGCCCAAUAUUGCAAGCAAGAAGGAGUAA